CUGCACUCAAGUCACGUGUAUUUGUUGUGUUUGACAGCAAGUGAUGCAAAGUUUGCAAACAGUCCUUCACUCACUAUCACAUCAUCACAUCCAAGGGUCCAACUGUCAUAUCACCACAAUUUAGACAAUGUCUUUGGCCACGAAAGAACUCGUACUCAGGUCUCACUUCGAGCUGAAGACUGCGAUCCUCAAAUGGUUCCCAAGACAUAUGAACAGAGGGAUGCGUGAAAUGAUGCAAACUCUUCGCAAAGUGGACUGUUUGGUGGAAGUGCACGACUCACGGAUACCAUUUGAUUGGAUGCGUGAAAUGAUGCAAACUCUUCGCAAAGUGGACUGUUUGGUGGAAGUGCACGACUCACGGAUACCAUUGAGUGGACGCAAUAAAGACCUCAUCCGCAGAUUGUCUUCACUUAAGCCGCAUAUCCUUAUACUGAAUAAAUCAGAUCUAAUGGACAUUAGGUAUCAAAGAAGAAUCAAAGAGCGCUUUCAAAGUGAAGACAGCAAUAGUCGCUGUAUUUUUGUCGACUCUCUUAACCCCAACACAAGAGUUAAUGGCUUUCCUGAAAUUUUGCCCACAAUUAUAGAAGUGAUUCGUGACUCCGAUCGGUUCAAUAGAGAGGACUUCAAUGGUUUUAAUUUGAUGGUAAUGGGGAUCCCAAACGUGGGAAAGUCUACAAUCAUUAAUAAGUUAAGGAAUACAAACCUAAGAGUGUCGGGAAAGGCCACGACUACCGGUGCCAUAGCUGGCGUCACCAGAAGUGUGUUGGAGCGCAUCAAAAUCAAUGCCAACCCUCCCGUCUACCUGUACGACACUCCCGGAGUUCUUGAGCCCAGAAUAGACAAGGGCUUGGAAACAAUUAUGAGAUGUGCUGUUUGUGCCACACUUUCGGAUCAACUGAUUGGUUACAAGACUAUAGCCGAUUAUAUACUUUAUUGGUUAAAUCGACACAAUAAUCACAGAUAUGUCAAAUUGUUAGGACUCGACACACCUUCAGAUGAUAUCACAGAAGUUUUAGUCAAAGGAUCAGUUUAUCUCCAAAAUAUAGUUGAACACAAAUCCUUAGAAAAAGGUCAAAUGGUUAAGAGACCGGAUGUGGAACAUACAGCACAACAGUUUGUGACGGCCUUUCGAAAGGGACAGUUGGGUCGAGUCAUGUUAGACGACGACCUCUUCAAAUAAUUUUAUAAAAUAAAUGAUUGUAAAUAAAAUGUACACAAAAUAAAUUUACUGCAAAACAG